AAGUAAAUCUCACUGGUCGGGGGAAGGCAUAUGCCUCCGCCGGCAUGCGAGUUUGUUUGGAUUUCCAUGUGACACCGACUUCGUUUAAAUUAACAGAUAACCCUAACCACCCGGAAAUUUAACAGUAUCUGUCAGUGCAUCACAGCAGUCAUGGUAAAAAAGGGCAAGAAAGAAAAGAAGGUAAAGGGAGCGGAGAAAACAGCUGCCAAAAUGGAGAAAAAAGUUUCAAAGAGGUCCAAACGAGAGGAGGAGGAUCUGGAGGCUCUGAUUGCUGAGUUUCAGAAUCUGGAUGCAAAGAAGACCCAAGUUGUAGAGACAACAUGUCCACCUCCAUCACCAAGAUUGAGUGCGUCUCUCUCCGCCCAUCCUGAGAAAGACGAACUCAUCCUGUUUGGAGGAGAAUUCUUCAAUGGAAAGAAGACGUACCUGUACAACGAUCUGUUUUUCUACAACAUCAAGAAGAACAGCUGGGUUAAAUCAGAGAUCCCCAACCCUCCUCCCCCACGCUGCUCUCACCAGGCGGUGGUAGUUCCCCAGGGUGGGGGUCAGCUUUGGGUGUUUGGCGGAGAGUUUGCUUCUCCGAAUGGGGAACAGUUCUACCACUACAAGGACCUUUGGGUGCUGCACCUGGCGACACACACGUGGGAGAACAUCAAGGCGCCUGGGGGUCCACCAGGUCGCAGCGGCCACCGGAUGGUCCUCAGCAAGAAACAGCUGCUGGUGUUUGGAGGUUUCCAUGAGAGCACCAGGGAUUUUAUCUACUACAGUGACAUCUACUCCUUCUCCCUGGACACCUUCUCCUGGUCCCGCCUCACUCCAUCGGGCUCCGGCCCCUCCCCACGCUCCGCCUGUAAGAUGACCUCCACGCCCGACGGCAUGGGUGUCAUCAUCUACGGGGGAUACUCUAAAGUGAGAGUCAAGAAGGAUGUAGAGAAAGGGACCAUCCACUCUGACAUGUUCCUUCUCAAGCGAGAGGGAAAAGAUGGCCAAGAGAAGUGGUCGUGGUCCAGGUUGAACCCCUCUGGGAACAAGCCCCCUCCUCGCUCUGGAUUUUCUGUGGCGGUGGGCCCAGCAGGGCGGGCGCUGCUGUUUGGUGGGGUUUGUGAUGAGGAAGAGGAGGAGACGCUAGAGGGCGACUUCUACAACGACCUGUACCUGUAUGACACGGUGAAGAACCGCUGGUUCCCCGGCCUGCUCAGGGGAAACAAGUCGGAGAAGAAGAAACGAAGGAGGGGGAAGAAGGGUGGAGCAGAGGGGCAGGGUGCAGAGAAGAAGGAGGAGGAGGAGGAGGAGGAGGGGGCACCCCAGGGACCCACUGAGGUCGUCAAGGAGAUUGUCACAGAGGACGGCACAGUGAUGACCAUCAAGGAAGUGAUCCCUGGAGCUCAGGAGGAGGAGGAGGAGGAGGAAGAAGAGGAAGAGGAGGAUGACGAUGCCUCGGCCCCCCUGGUGGAACCCUGCGCUAGGUCCAGCGCCAUGGCAACGGCGCGUCAGGGCAAGCUCUUCCUAUACGGAGGGAUGUUUGAGGUUGGCGACCGCCAGUUCACCCUGAACGACUUCUACUCUCUGGACCUCAACAAGAUGGACCAGUGGGAGGUUCUGGUUGAAAUGGACCCAAAGACACAGGAGUGGCUGGAAGAGUCCGAGUCAGAGGAAGAUGAAGAGGAGGAGGAGGAGGCGAAAGGAGCAGAAGGGGUGGAGGAGGGGGAGGGGGAGGAUUCUGAAGAGGAAAGCGAGGAUGAGGAAGAUGAAGUGGAGCACCCCACAGUGCAGGAGGGAGAGACGGUGACGGAUUACCAGAGCCGUACAGAGCAGCACUGGAUAGGACUGGCACGUGCCAACAUGGGCCCCGACGCCAAGGAGAAAAAGGUGGCCAAGGUUGCCCUCGCCAUGGCUAAAGUCUUCUUUGAAGACCAAUAGUGGGAUACGCCAAAGUGUGUGUGUGUGUGUAAAAUAGUUUUUUGUAAUUACCUUUUAUAAAACAUGUCAUUUGAACUGUACUGCAAAUAAUUCAGUAUUGUAAAUUGAAUUUCAUUCAAGUUUAAAACAGAAAAUAAAAACAAUUAAUUUUCUCUCACUUAUCAAAUUUGGAUAUAUGGACUAUUUGCAUCACCAUCGUAUUAGAUGGAAGAUUAUGGUUUGUUGAGCAUUGAAGUUUUCAUUAACUCUAGUUUUCUAACUCUUAUCUGUAAACACACUAAAUAAUAUUCAACAUUAACAUUUUCUUUAACUGUAUUGCUGCUGUUAAUUUUGAGGCCAGUGUGGUGUACCAAAGUAAAGUAGUUUUUAAGUCUUUAAAUACUUGGAGCCACAUCUUAGUGCUGGUGAGCAAUGAAAUUAAAUUGCUUUUGGUUUUGUGAGGACCGACAAGUUGGAGGUUGUACGUACUGCUAAGUUGUACAGCUUCUCUAUGACAUCUUUUGUUUACACUAAAAUCUGUCAAAUGUUUCUGUAGUUUCCACUUUUACAGUUUACAAUCCAAUCAGUGAUGUCACAAUGGGUGUUUUACUUUCAAUCUUCUCAGAUUUAUUCAGAAGUACAGAAAGCUUUGUAGCAAACCACCAGAAGUGCCAGAACUACAACUUGUCUACACCUGGGCUACAUCCACACUAAAACGUUUUCGUCUUAAAACACAUAUCUUUUGCUACAUUUAAACCUUGCAUCCACACUACUCCGGCGUUUCCCAGCCCCUAAGACUGAGACAUUUGGAAACACUGCUGUCCCCGUUUUAGUUUAAAAAACUCUGGGGUCUCUUAGUCUGGAUGGGCAGAAAUGGAGAUCUUUGGAAAACAAUAAUGCGGACACCGACGUUCGCUCCGUGAUUGGGUCUGAUCCGUCACGACGUGUCCUUCCCUGAUUCGUCAAGCCCCUAUCACGUGACCCUCUUCCGGAAGAAAACAAACAUCAGCCUUGAUGACCGGUGGUUAAUUAAACGUGUAUAACGAA